UGGAGAAGGCCUGAGAGGCAGUAGAGAGAGACAGAGACAUUCCUGAUAACUAUGGAGCAGCUGCAGUAGCCUCCUUGGGAAGAUUACACCAUGCUGAGAGAUAGGAGCACAAUUGCAUGUUUCGAUCUGCCCAACUUGCCAGCCUGCCUAGGUCCACCUCUCUCUGCAGCCUGUCUUCAAGUUGGCUGCGCCCCCGGCGAGGAUGCCGUGGACUGGUGCCUCUAUCAGCUCAAUGGCACGGCGGAGUUGGAGGUCUCCGAAGGACAGGUAUAGCAUGGGCGGCAGCAAUGCAAGCUUCCCCACACUAUCCCGCCAAUGUGUCUCAACCCUGUUCUGAAGAGAUCACUUCUGGAGAUACUGCUUGUGCUGGAUGCCAAGUGUGUGGAUUCAGCUUCCUUCUGGAACCUGGACAGGUUACCCCUGGGAAACCUUGCACUGUGCCUGGCCCUGCAGAGAACAUGGAAGGAGAGAGCAUCUAUGAGAUUGAUUCUGAAGAUGGGGUUGGAGCUGAUAUUAUUUCUACAGUUGAGUUCAACCAUACUGGAGAACUGCUGGCUACUGGGGACAAGGGAGGUCGGGUUGUUAUAUUCCAAAGGGAACCUGAGAGCAAAAAUGAGCCUUACAGUCAGGGUGAAUACAAUGUUUACAGCACUUUCCAGAGCCAUGAACCUGAAUUUGAUUAUUUGAAGAGCUUGGAGAUAGAGGAAAAAAUAAACAAGAUCAAGUGGCUACCACAGCAAAAUGCAGCCCACUCUCUCUUGUCAACAAAUGACAAAACUAUCAAAUUAUGGAAAAUUACUGAACGAGAUAAGAGACCAGAAGGAUAUAACUUAAAAGAUGAAGAAGGGAAACUUAAAGAUCUUUCUACAGUAACAUCACUACAGGUGCCUGUGUUGAAACCUAUGGAUUUAAUGGUAGAAGUCACUCCCAGGAGGAUCUUUGCUAAUGGUCACACCUAUCACGUCAACUCAAUUUCUGUCAACAGCGACUGUGAGACAUACAUGUCAGCUGAUGAUCUCAGGAUUAACCUCUGGCACUUAGCAAUCACAGACAGGAGCUUCAACAUUGUAGAUAUAAAGCCAGCCAAUAUGGAGGACCUGACGGAAGUGAUUACUGCCUCUGAGUUUCAUCCCCAUCAUUGCAAUCUCUUCGUCUACAGCAGCAGCAAAGGCUCCUUGAGACUCUGUGACAUGAGGGCGUCAGCCCUCUGUGACAAACAUUCCAAACUUUAUGAAGAACCAGAAGACCCCAGUAAUAGAUCAUUUUUUUCAGAAAUUAUCUCCUCUGUGUCAGAUGUCAAAUUCAGUCAUAGUGGCAGAUACAUGCUGACAAGGGAUUACCUCACUGUCAAAGUUUGGGAUCUGAAUAUGGAAACAAAGCCUGUAGAAACAUACCAAGUCCAUGAUUACCUUAGGAGCAAGCUGUGUUCCCUUUAUGAAAAUGACUGCAUCUUUGACAAGUUUGAAUGUGCGUGGAAUGGAUCAGACAGUGUCAUAAUGACAGGUGCAUAUAACAACUUCUUUCGAAUGUUUGACCGAAACACCAAACGUGAUGUUACCUUGGAGGCAUCCCGGGAGAGCAGUAAGCCCCGAGCUAUUCUGAAACCCCGCCGAGUCUGUGUUGGAGGCAAACGAAGGAAAGAUGACAUCAGCGUCGACAGUUUGGACUUUACGAAGAAGAUCUUGCAUACAGCAUGGCACCCAACUGAGAACAUAAUUGCUAUAGCAGCGACAAACAAUCUGUACAUAUUUCAGGAUAAAGUGAACUCAGAAAUGCACUAGGUUUAUCAAUAUCCCUCUGUAUUUAUAAGCCAGCCUUUUGAGAGUUGUAGAAGGACGUGACCUUCGCAAAAGUGUGGUCGUUGUGGUGGAAUUUGUAGAAUCCAUCCCUCCACCCUUCACUCUGUAUCAUUGGUGGCAACCAACAGUUUUAAAACACUGCAACUAUGUAAUUAUACAAAUACUACUACAGAUUCAGUUCUUUGGUCUAGAUCAGUUUUUUUAAACAAUCAGGGGUAUUCAUUUGGGAACUGUUCCUGUUAGGUGCUGAGUACCUUCCACUCCGGUUAACUCUCAGAGGAGCUCAGUGCUUCACAGGACCAGGGUCUUAUGCUGCUGCAUUCCUCUGCAGCCUUCAAGGUUUACCACAUUAUUAGAGCUUUUUACAUUAGGCUCUUGAUUUCUUCAGUAAUGCUUUAUAGGCUUUCAAAGUGACAUGGACUUAUUUCUCAGUGCAUAGCUGCAUCCCCCUUAUAUCACAGUGCAGAGAAAAAAGAUCUUGACAGUUACUAACUGGAAACAAAAUAAAUGAUUUCCCUUAAUAACAAGCAAAAAAGUUGCUCCGGGUCCACCUGCCAUAUUUCCAUCUCUAGUGUUUUGCCCUCCCUCUGGAGGAGUGCCGGAGUUUUACAAACACUUUUACAGUUUUUUUACGUCUGCUAAAAAUCCUGACUUUGUAUUUCAACUUUCUGAUUAAAAAAAUGAAUUACUGUAGAUUUAUUCAGCUUCUUAUAAAACGCAAUUUACUCUGCAUAUACAUUUCUAUUCAGUCAGGCUAUAGUUGUAAAGAUACCAAUUACAGUGGGUACUAUUUAAAAAUUCAAUAUUUGCUACUUCCUGGUUACAUACUAUUCAGAGCACAAAGAGAUGUUAAUGCAUAUACACAUGAGUUAUUUAAAUAGUGGGGUGGGAUUUUCAAAAGCACUCGUGUGUUGUCCUAACUCUGCUGCUAUUGAAGUCAAUAUUUGAUUUCAGUGGCCACAUCCAGAUGAUGGUGGACGUUUGGUUCCCCAGGGACAGGCAGCAGUGGCAUACUUUGUGCCACUGCCUGUCCCUGGGGAAUGCUUGUGCCAUGCGCACUGUGCCGUACAGCAGGUUACCCUGGGUGGGGUAGGGGAGGCCAGCAACUGUGCUGGCCCCAGCAGUCUUAUCUGGGAUCCUGGGGGUUGGGGAAGCUGCAGCCAUGGCACUCCUGCAGCUGGGAGCCUGGCUGCUACAUGCAUUACCCCGCUUUUUCUGUACGGGUUUUUUUAGCCUGGGAUCUCCUGGGGUCAAAUCCCCACCCCCACUGCAAAGUAGCAGUGCAAGGAAUGCCUGACUGUGCAGCGUGUAGCACUGCAGACAGGUCUGUGGCACCGCAUACUGCACAUCUGCACUCGUCUGGAUGCAGCCAAUGGGUGCAAAGCCAGGUCAAAACUAUGCACUCUUAAAAUCCUUCAUUUCUUUACUGCAUCACAGUUAUUGAUCUCAUGUGUAUUUUCAGUAUACCCAGAUAAUGCAGCAUAUGCCACAGUAUCUCUAAGUGCUAUGAAAGUUACCAGUUAGCAAGGCUCAGUGAAUGUUAAGUUUUCAGGUUGCGCCACUGUUAAGGUCACAGAAAUGAUUUGUGGAUUAAAUGGAAGGAAAUGUUUACAAAAGAACGCAAUAUAAUCGGAAGAUGCUUCUUUUGAGAGUUUUAUGCAAGCGGUGUGAUGUUCUGUUUUGAAAAUUCUUUUAAUCUACGAAAUCUUUCUGUAUGCCUACUAACAUCUGCAGAGAACAAAUAUUACCCCAAAUGAUUUCUUUUCAAAUCACAAAUAAAGGAGUGUAAAUGAUUCAGAUGAUCUGUCUGAUCUACACUGAUUAAAAUCCCUCACGUAGAAAAGGUUCUUUUAUGACCCUAAACCAUUCUGCAUUGACUUCUAACUAAUGGAGAAUGACUGAUAAAUGGACCU